ACGCGCGGCCCGGCCGUCCGCAGCGCCGGCAGCCAUGUGACCGCGCCGCGCCUCCGCCGGCCGCCCGCGCGUCGCGCCGCCGCAGCCCAGGCCGAGGGAGCGGCGGCGGCGCCAUGGCCGAGCGGGGCCGCCUCGGCCUCCCCGGCGCGCCCGGCGCGCUCAACACGCCGGUGCCCAUGAACCUGUUCGCCACCUGGGAGGUGGACGGCUCCAGCCCCAGCUGCGUGCCCAGGUUGUGCAGCCUGACCCUGAAGAAGCUGGUGGUCUUCAAGGAGCUGGAGAAGGAGCUCAUCUCGGUGGUGAUCGCUGUCAAGAUGCAGGGCUCCAAGCGGAUACUGCGGUCCCACGAGAUCGUGCUGCCCCCCAGCGGGCAAGUGGAGACAGACCUGGCCCUGACCUUCUCGCUGCAGUACCCUCACUUCCUGAAGAGAGAAGGCAACAAGCUUCAGAUCAUGCUGCAGCGCAGAAAGCGGUACAAGAACCGGACCAUCCUGGGCUACAAGACGCUGGCCGCCGGCUCCGUCAGCAUGGCCGAGGUGAUGCAGCACCCGGCGGAGGGCGGCCAGGUGCUCAGCCUCUGCAGCAGCAUCAAGGAGGCCCCCGUCAAGGUGGCGGAGAUCUGGAUCGUGUCCCUGUCCAGCCAGCCCAUCGACCACGAGGACAGCGCCAUGCAGGCCGGCCCCAAGGCCAAGUCCGCCGACAACUACUCCGAGGAGGAAUACGAGAGCUUCUCCUCCGAGCAGGAGGCCAGCGACGACGCCGUGCAGGGGCAGGACCUGGACGAGGACGACUUCGACGUGGGCAAGCCGAAGAAGCAGCGGCGGCCGAUAGUGCGGACGACGUCCAUGACCAGGCAACAAAACUUCAAGCAGAAAGUCGUGGCGCUGCUGCGGAGGUUCAAGGUGUCCGAUGAGGUCCUGGACUCGGAGCAGGACCCUGCGGAGCACGUGCCCGAGGUGGAGGAGGACCUGGACCUUCUGUACGACACGCUGGACAUGGAGAACCCAAGCGACAGCGGCCCUGACAUGGAGGACGACGACAGCGUCCUCAGCACCCCCAAGCCGAAGCUCAGGCCGUACUUCGAAGGCCUGUCGCACUCCAGCUCGCAGACGGAGAUCGGGAGCAUCCACAGCGCCCGGAGCCACAAGGAGCCCCCCAGCCCGGCCGACGUGCCCGAGAAGACGCGGUCCCUGGGAGGCAAGCGGCCGAGCGACAGCCUGUCGGACACGGUGGCCCUCGGCGCCUUGGCCCCACGGGAGCCGGCAGGGCCGCCCGAGGACAGCCCCGAGGCGGAGCCCUGCGCCCUGGACGUGUUCAUGGAGAAGCUGCCGCCCAGCGGGAGGAUCACCAAGACGGAGUCCCUGGUCAUCCCCUCCACCAGGUCCGAGGGAAAGCAGGCCGGCCGCCGCGGCCGCAGCACGUCCCUGAAGGAGCGGCAGCCGGCGCGGCCCCAGAGCGAGCGGGCCAACAGCCUGGACAGCGAGCGCUGCCCGGACUCCCGGAGCCAGCUGCAGAUCCCCCGGAAGACGGUGUACGACCAGCUGAACCACAUCCUGGUCUCCGACGACCAGCUUCCCGAGAACAUCAUCCUGGUCAACACGGCCGACUGGCAGGGCCAGUUCCUGUCGGACGUGCUGCAGCGGCACACGCUGCCCGUGGUGUGCACCUGCUCCGCCGCCGACGUGCAGGCCGCCUUCAGCACCAUCGUCUCCCGGAUCCAGCGAUACUGCAACUGCAACUCCCAGCCCCCGACGCCCGUGAAGAUCGCCGUGGCGGGGGCGCAGCACUACCUCAGCGCCGUCCUGCGGCUCUUCGUGGAGCAGCUGUCGCACAAGACGCCCGACUGGCUCGGCUACAUGCGCUUCCUCGUCAUCCCGCUGGGCUCCCACCCCGUGGCACGGUACCUGGGCUCCGUGGACUACCGCUACAACAACUUCUUCCAGGACCUGGCCUGGAGAGACCUGUUCAACAAGCUGGAGGCCCAGAGUGCUGUGCAGGACACGCCGGACAUCGUGGCGCGCAUCACCCAGUACAUCUCGGGCGCCAACUGCGCGCACCAGCUCCCCAUCGCCGAGGCCAUGCUCACCUACAGGCAGAAGAGGAAAAAGCAUUUUCAUUUUGACUUUACCGUAAGCCCUGACGAAGAGUCUUCGCAGAAGUUCAUUCCCUUCGUCGGGGUUGUGAAGGUUGGAAUUGUGGAGCCAUCCUCAGCCACGUCAGGAGACUCGGACGACGCAGCCCCCUCGGGCCCCGGCGUGCUGUCCUCCACCCCACCGUCCACAUCUCCCGCGGCCAAGGAGGCCUCACCCACCCCGCCUUCCUCCCCGUCCGUGAGUGGGGGCCUGUCCUCCCCCAGCCAGGGUGUCGGUGCCGAGCUGAUGGGGCUGCAGGUGGACUACUGGACGACUGCGCAGCCCGCAGACAGGAAGAGAGACGCGGAGAGGAAGGACCUGCCCGUGGCCAAAAGCACACUCAAGUGCACCUUCCGGUCCCUCCAGGUCAGCCGGCUGCCCAGCAGUGGCGAGGCCGCGGCCACGCCCACCAUGUCCAUGACCGUGGUCACCAAGGAGAAGAACAAGAAGGUGAUGUUUCUGCCCAAGAAGACGAAGGACAAGGACGUGGAGUCCAAAAGCCAGUGCAUCGAGGGCAUCAGCCGGCUGAUAUGCACGGCCAAGCACCAGCAGAACAUGCUACGGGGUGCUACCCCGCCCGGUGGGCCGGGCAGGUGUGGCGGGCGGGCGGUCAGGCAGCCCUCUCCCGCAGUCCUCAUCGAUGGUGUGGAGUGCAGCGACGUCAAGUUCUUCCAGCUGGCCGCCCAGUGGUCCUCCCACGUGAAGCACUUCCCCAUCUGCAUCUUCGGACACUCCAAGGCCACCGCCUAGCUCCGCCCACCGAGGGGCCAGCGCCAGAUGGCCGAGGGGCACGCGUUCGGCCCCAAGGUGGCCACUGCACCAGGAGGGCCCAGCUGCGUUUCUGCUAACAUUUCAGUUUACAACAGAGACAAACACUUAAAAACACAAAGACAAACAGUCUUAAGUCUGAAUGUGCUCACAACCUGGAAACUAACGGGGAGCUCCCUGCUGGGAGCCGAGUGACCACUCUGCUUGUUAACCGGAAAGCUCCAGCGGGGGCCGGGGGCCCAGACGGACAGUGCCCAGCUUGAGAGUCGUGGCAGGUGUUCCAGCCUCAGGAGCCACCGCAGCCCCACCAGCCUGGGGGUCCUGCCUGUGUGUCCUGCCCUUCCUGGAAGCCAAGACACUGCUUCCUCAGGGAGCCCGGCUCAGGCUCAGGCCCUGGGGCUUGGUGGCCAGAUGCCAAGGAGCCCAGGGCCCACUCAGUCCCCUGGUGGGGGACGUCCUGAGAAGCCUUGGAGGCCAAUCAGCCCAGUCCUGGGCGCCAGGUCCCGGCCCGCCUGAGAGAUGCCCCCAGCACCGCCCACUCGUGGUUCCCAAUAAACUCCAGCCUCGUGGCGGAGGUUUUAUAGUAGCAGAUAUUUUUAAUGCUUUUAAAUACAUGUUAUAAUGUAGCUGCCAAA